AUGUCGUCCUCGGGGUCCGGCUUCCUCGGCCGCUCGAGCAGCAGCAAUGCCAACAUGCGCGGCCUGGUCCAGUUCAUUGCCGACCUCAGGAAUGCCCGCGCCCGCGAGCUCGAAGAGAAGCGCAUCAACAAGGAGCUGGCCAACAUCCGCCAAAAGUUCAAGGACGGCAACCUCAGCGGCUACCACAAGAAGAAGUAUGUCUGCAAGCUGCUGUACAUCUACAUUCUGGGGUGGAACGUCGACUUUGGCCACCUCGAGGCCGUCAACCUCAUCUCGGCCAACAAGUACUCCGAGAAGCAGAUCGGAUACCUCGCCAUGACCCUCUUCCUCCACGAGAAGCACGAGCUGCUACACCUCGUCGUCAACAGCAUCCGCAAAGACCUUAUGGACCAUAACGAGCUGUUCAACUGCCUGGCUCUCCAUGCCAUUGCCAACGUGGGCGGCCGUGAGAUGGGAGAGGCCCUGAGCGGGGAGGUACAUCGGCUCUUGAUCUCACCGACCUCCAAGCCGUUUGUGAAGAAAAAGGCCGCCCUCACUCUACUUCGGCUCUACCGGAAGCACCCCGACAUUGUCUCGCCGCAGUGGGCGGAGCGCAUCAUCCACUUGAUGGACGACACUGACCUAGGUGUCGCGCUCUCUGUGACCUCGCUGGUCAUGACGCUGGCGCAGGAUAACCUAGAACAAUACAAGGGAGCGUAUACCAAGGCGGCGGCGAGACUGAAGCGCAUCAUCAUUGACGGAGAAUACACCACCGACUACCUCUACUACAAGGUCCCCUGCCCCUGGCUGCAGGUCAAGCUCCUCCGGCUGCUGCAGUACUUUGCUCCUUCAGAAGAUACCCACGUGCGCGAGAUGAUCCGCGAGUCCUUGGAAAGGAUCUUGAAUCUCGCCAUGGAGGCGAACAAGAACGUUCAGCAGAACAACGCCCAGAACGCCGUCCUAUUCGAAGCUAUCAACCUUAUUAUUCACCUUGACACCGAGCACGCCCUCAUGAAGCAAAUCUCUUCUCGCCUUGGCCGCUUCAUCCAGAGCCGUGAGACCAAUGUACGGUAUCUGGGCCUGGAGGCCAUGACGCAUUUGGCUGCGCGCUCGGAGACGCUCGGGCCCAUCAAGCAGCACCAAGACAUUAUUCUCGGGUCUCUCAAAGAUCGUGACAUCAGCGUGCGGCGGAAGGGACUUGACCUUCUUUACAGCAUGUGCGAUGCGACUAACGCCCAAAUCAUUGUCGGCGAGCUUCUUCAUUAUUUGCAGAACGCCGAUUUUGCCAUCCGCGAAGAAAUGGUCUUGAAGAUUGCGAUUCUCACGGAAAAGUACGCCACCGACGUGCAGUGGUAUGUGGACAUUUCGCUGCGUCUCAUUGCCAUGGCUGGAGACCAUGUUAGCGACGAGGUCUGGCAGCGCGUAAUCCAGAUCGUGACGAACAACGAAGAGCUCCAGGUGUACGCCGCUCAGAACGCCCUGCAGCAUAUCAAAUCGGAGCACUGCCACGAAACGCUGGUAAAGAUUGGGGCCUACAUCCUUGGCGAGUUUGGCCAUCUGGUCGCCGACCAGCCACGGUGCAGCCCGAUUGAGCAGUUCAUGGCGCUCCGAAGCAAGCUUGCGGCCUGCUCCCCCAGCACUCGGGCCAUGAUCCUGUCAUGUUUCGUCAAGUUUGUCAACCUCUUCCCGGAGAUCAAGCCGCAGCUUCUCCACACGUUUGACGUGUACACGCACACGCUGGACUCGGAGAUGCAACAGCGUGCAUGCGAGUACUUGGCCCUGGCUAGAAUGCCGACGGACGACCUGCUGAGAACCGUCUGCGACGAAAUGCCGCCCUUCCCGGAGCGCGAGUCGGCGCUUCUGUCUCGCCUUCAUCAGAAACACGCCAACACCAGCGACCGGCGGACGUGGGUUGUUGGAGGUAAAGAUGCCAACGCCGACGGAACAGAGCUGGGCAUGGCCAAGGCUGGUAGUCUCAAGAGGACUUUCAGUGCUGCUGUGCCCCUGAAUGGCGGCAAGGGACACGGCGGCGCCAACGGCAACGCGAACGGUGCCACGGAUCUCGCGGGGCUGGACAUGAAUGCGCCAACGCCGGCCGAGCCCAAGAUGCUUAAGCCACCUAACCUUGCUAGCGCUGCGCAUCUCUCUCCUGGGUGGGAGAAGGGCUUCGACAGGCUCAUUCUACGGUCGGAGGGUGUGCUCUACGAAGAUGGCCAGGUCCAAAUCGGUGUUCGCUCUGAAUACCGUGGACAGAUGGCUUGUCUUAUCGCCUACUUCACGAACAAAACUCCCGGGGCCAUGACGUCGUUCACAACGACCCUAGACUUGGACGAAGCCGAGAAGGGCAAGCUCACCUGGGACGUCAAGAACCUCCCCGAAAGCACCAUUGCCCCCGGAGCGCAGUCUCAGCAAGUGACAAUGUUCGAGGCUAAGAGGGUGUUCGACAAGAGCCCGACAAUCAGAGUCAGCUACCUGGCUGGCGCGCUGCAGGCGCUCACGCUCAAGCUGCCAGUGGCUAUCCAUAAAUUCAUGGACCCGGCUGAUUUGUCUGCCGAAGACUUCUUCAAGAGGUGGAAGCAGAUCGGCGCAGGCCCUCGCGAGGCACAGGAGAUCUUUGGGUUGGCUCCAGGAAAGGGCAGUGGGAGGGAGAUUACGGAACGGUUCGUCAACAAGACGAUUGAAGGCUUCAGAUGGCGCGUGUUGGACAUGGUGGACCCGAAUCCCAAGAACAUUGUGGGAGCCAGCGUCUUGCACACUUCGGAAGGUGGCAAGUUUGGCUGUCUCUUGCGGCUGGAGCCGAACUACGGCAGUCAGAUGAUCCGAAUGACGAUCCGAGCCACGGACGAAUCGGUCCCGUCUGUGUUGCUGAAGCUCAUGCAGGAUAGGAUUUCCAUGGGACAUUCGACGUCACGCGAACAGCCCGGAAGCCCAACAUUUGCAUGA